CGAUCAGGAAGAUGGCUGCUGGCUGGCUGCUGGUCUUUAGCCUGACACUUUUCCAGUCCCUGGUGAUGAACCACUCCUCGGAGGGACCCUUCCCUUCGCCCACCACGAUAAAAUCAUGGGUAGAUAAGAUGCAAGAAGACCUCGUAACUUUGGCACGAACUGCAAGUGGAGUGGACCAGCUUGCUGCGAUAUAUUUGAAAUACAGAGAUUUGUAUACUGUAGAAGCCAACAACCCUCGUCAGCUAGUGGAAAUUGCAGCCAGAGACAUUGAAAAACUACUGAGUAACAGGUCCAAGGCCUUGGUGCGCCUCGCUAAAGAAGCAGAGAAGUAUCAAGCAUCUCAUCAGUGGAGGGAUGAGUUUGGGAAUAAUGAUAUAAUCUAUUACAAUGCAAAAGAUGAUCAGAAUGAUCCUGAAAAGAAUGACACUGAAUCUGGCAGCCAGAGAAUCAGACCAGUAUUUGAAGAAGAUCCUGUUUUCCGACGGCAAACGUCUUACCAACAUGCAGCAGUCCACAUACCAACAGAUAUUUAUGAAGGCUCAACAAUCGUGUUAAAUGAACUCAACUGGACUGCUGCGUUGGAUGAUGUGUUCAAGCGGAACAGGGAAGAAGACCCCACUUUACUAUGGCAGGUCUUUGGUAGUGCAACUGGCCUCGCUAGGUAUUACCCAGCUUCCCCAUGGGUAGAUAAAAGUCGAACUCCAAACAAAAUAGAUCUGUAUGAUGUUCGCAGAAGACCAUGGUAUAUCCAAGGAGCUGCAUCUCCCAAAGAUAUGCUUAUUUUAGUUGAUGCGAGUGGAAGUGUCAGUGGAUUGACAUUGAAGCUGAUCCGCACCUCGGUCAUUGAGAUGUUAGAGACGUUGUCUGACGAUGACUUUGUGAAUGUAGUUUCAUUUAACAAUAACGCUCAGAACGUCAGUUGCUUUAAUCAUCUUGUCCAAGCUAAUGUGAGGAACAAGAAGAAGCUGAAAGAAGCUGUCUAUAAAAUCUCUGCUAAAGGAAUUACUGAUUACAAAAAAGGCUUUAGCUAUGCUUUUGAACAGCUGCUAAACCACAGUGUUUCUAGAGCUAACUGCAAUAAAAUUAUUAUGCUGUUUACGGAUGGUGGUGAAGAAAGAGCACAAGAGAUUUUCCAUAAAUAUAAUGAAGACAAAAAAGUACGUGUGUUCACAUUUUCUGUUGGUCAACAUAAUUAUGAUAAAGGACCUAUACAGUGGAUGGCCUGUGAAAAUAAAGGUUAUUAUUAUGAAAUUCCAUCCAUUGGAGCCAUAAGAAUAAACACACAGGAAUAUCUGGAUGUUUUGGGAAGACCAAUGGUUUUAGCUGGAGAGAAAGCCAAACAGGUCCAAUGGACAAAUGUCUACCUGGAUGCUCUGGAGCUGGGCCUUGUGAUAACAGGAACUCUGCCUGUCUUCAAUCUAACAAAGGAACAAAAUGGGAAAAUAAAUCAGCUGAUUCUUGGAGUAAUGGGGGUUGAUGUCUCUCUGGAGGACAUAAAAAAACUGACACCUCGCUUUACGCUUUGUCCAAAUGGAUAUUAUUUUGCAAUUGAUCCUAAUGGGUAUGUGCUACUUCAUCCAAAUCUCCAACCAAAGAAUCCAAAAUCCCAGGAGCCAGUUACGCUGGAUUUCCUAGAUGCUGAAUUGGAAAAUGAUAUUAAAGUUGAGAUUCGAAAGAAAAUGAUAGAUGGAGAAAGUGGAGAAAAAACAUUUGAAACACUGGUCAAGUCCCAAGAUGAGAGAUACAUUGAUAAAGGAAACAGAACAUACACAUGGACUGCUGUGAAUGGCACUGAUUACAGUUUGGCAUUGGUGUUACCAUCAUACAGCUUUUAUUAUAUUAAAGCCAAAAUAGAUGAACCAUUAAUUCAAGCCAGAUAUUCAGAAACACUGAAGCUUGAUCAUUUUGAUGAAGUUGGCUAUACUUUUUUAGCACCAAGAGAAUACUGUAGUGAUGUAAAGAAAUCAGAAAACAACACUGAAUUUUUAUUAAAUUUCAAUGAGUUUAUUGAUAGAAAUACUCCAAACAGUCCGUCAUGUAAUACUGAUAUGGUCAUUAGAGUUUUGCUGGAUGCAGGAUUUACAACUGAACUUGCCCAAAAUUAUUGGAGUAAGCUGUAUCUGGAUGGAGUUGCUGCACAAUUUGUUGUUACAGAUGGUGGAAUUACCAGAGUGUUUCCCAAAAGGGCAGGAGAAGAUUGGUUGGAAAAUGCUGAAACUUACGAAGUCAGCUUCUAUAAACGAAGUUUAGAUAAUGACAACUACAUUUUCACAGCUCCGUACUACAACAAAAGUGGUGCCAAUAGCUAUGAAACAGGCAUUAUGGUAAGCAAGGCUGUGGAAAUAACAAUUAACGGGAAACUUCUGAAACCUGCAGUUGUUGGAAUAAAAAUUGAUGCAACCAGAUGGAUGGAAAAUUUCACAAAAACCACAAUCAAGAGCCUGUGCAACAGUGAAAUCUGUGGCUGUGAAAGAAACAGUAUGCAUGUGGAUUGUGUUAUCCUUGAUGACGGUGGAUUUCUUUUGAUGUCAAAUCGAGAUGAAUAUACUCAACAGAUUGGAAGAUUCUUUGGUGAAAUUGACCCUGGCCUGAUGCGAAACCUAAUUAAUAUGUCCCUCUAUGCCUUUAACAAGUCGUAUGACUAUCAAUCGGUCUGUGAUCCUGAAGAAGAACCAAAGCAAGGAGCUGGAAUUCGUUCAGCAUAUGUGCCUACAAUAACAGAUAUCUUGCAUCUAGGAUGGUGGGCUUCGGCAGCUGCCUGGUCUAUCUUACAGCAGCUGUUUUUGAGCUUGACUUUCCCACGUUUCCUUGAGGCAGCUGAUAUGGAAGAUGAUGAUUUCUCUGCUGCCCUGCCUAAAACAAGUUGUAUCACUGAGCAAACUCAGUAUUUCUUUGAGAAUGAUGAUAAAUCUUUUAUUGGCAUUGUAGACUGUAUAAACUGUUCAAGACUUUAUCAUGCAGAGAAGAUUUCAAACACCAACCUAGUAUUCAUUAUUAGUGACAGCCAACUGCUGUGCCGCUCCUGUGAUCCAAAACCACUGAUGCAAGCAGAGAAGCCGGAUGAAGGGCCAAAUCCUUGUGAAAUGGUCAAACAGCCUAGGUACAGAAAAGGUCCUGAUGUCUGUUUUGAUGAAGCUAAACAGGAAGAUUCAGCCGACUGCGGUGGUGUCUCUGGUCUGAGUCCAUCACUGUGGUCUAUGGUAGGAAUUCAGUUGGUCCUGCUUUGGCUGUCAUCUGGCAGCAGACACUGUCAGUUAUGACCUUGCUAAACCAAAACCUGCAUAACUUAAUCAAGACCCGGCCAAAACGAUAGCCUCAAUUUCAUUUUAAAAAGGGUCAGCUAUUCGGACAGCAGCAGAACAGCAAUGCUCAUGUCUGGUUAUCACGCGUUGUGAGACUCAUAAAGGCACCUGCAGUGGCUGCAUGUUGGAGUGUCAGAUCCUUAAACGUGUGUGAAUGCUGCAUCAUCUAUGCCAUCUGAACAGAAUUCUGUAUGUGCUUCAUUGGGGAAUCUAAGGGUUUUUUUUCGUUUGUUUGUUGUUGUAAUCUUGAUGACUUAAUGUAAAAGGGCUCCCCUGAAAAUAGCGUAUGUACAUGAUUUUCUUUUAAGCUUUGAAUUUCUUGA